GUUGGCCAGGAGCAUUGCAGCCUAAGUCACGCUGAGGAUAGAAUCGCCCCUUUAUUUGUCUGAGCCUUGGUAGAGUGUCAUAUGUGUGCAAGAGGUCGUCAUGGGGAACAGCUGUUACAGCAUGGUGGUGACUGUGCUGUUGGUGGUGGGCACUGAAAGGACAAGAGCCCUGCAGGAUUCCUGUGCCAAGUGUGAGGCGGGUACCUUCUGCGAGAAAGACAAUCCUGUGUGCACCAGCUGUCCCCCAAGCACAUACUCCAGCACGGGUGGACAGCCGUCCUGCAACUUCUGCAGGGUGUGUGAAGGUUAUUUCAGGCUCAAGAAGCCUUGCUCCCUCACCAGCAAUGCGGAGUGUGAAUGCAUCGAGGGAUUCCACUGCUUGGGGCCAGAGUGUGCCAUGUGUGAAAAAGACUGCAAGCCAGGCCAAGAGCUGACAGAGCAGGGUUGUAAAAACUGUGGCUUCGGGACAUUUAACGAUCAGAAUGGGGGUGGCACCUGUCAACCAUGGACCAACUGCUCGCUAGGUGGAAAGUCCGUGCUUGAGAACGGAACCACAGAGAAAGAUGUGAUCUGUGGCCCCACGUUGGUCAGCUUCUCUCCAGGUACCUCCCCCACCGUGACUGCCCCGGUGAGAAAAUCAGGUGAAGGAGGGAGAUCCUUGCGAAUCCUAACCUGGCUGCUGGCGCUGACAUCGGCCCUGCUGCUGUUUCUACUCUGCAUCACUCUGGGGCCCAUUGUGGCCAAAUGGAGCAGCAAGAAAUUCCCCUACUUGUUCAAGCAACCACUUAAGAUGGCAGUUCGCACGGCUCAAGAGGAAGAUGCUUGUAGCUGCCGAUUUCCAGAGGAAGAAGAAGGAGGAGGAGGAGGCUACGAGCUAUGAGGUGACAUCCCAGGAGGCAAGGAGCAGCACAAGGACCCCACUGUCCUGUUCUCAAACACCAUCCCAGACAAUACACAGGCGUGAACACCAUCCAAACCUCUUCUGAUGAUAAUGUAUUGGGUUUUUUUUACCAUUUAAAACAUUUUUAUCUUUAAGUUUUAUGUGUAUGAGUGUCUUGCCUGCGUGUUAUGUGUGUGUGCAUGCAAGUACACACACCAUGUGGAUUCCUGAUGCCAGCAGAGGCCAGAAGAGAGGUUGCUGAAUCCUUGGGAAUUGGAGCUAAGGAUGGUUGUGAACCACCUCUUGGGUGCUGGGAACCAAAUCUGGGUUCUUUGCAAUGGCAAAGUGUCUUAACCACUGGGCCAUCUCCAGCCCUGCCCUUGACAUUUUUAAUAGGACUAUGCAAAGAAAAGGAAUGAAAGACCAAUUUCUA